UAAGCUCAAAAGUUCCAAGCUCUAUUUCUUUUGUGAGCUGAGUUGAACUUGCUAAACUCCCGCUUAUUUUGUCCGAUUGAUCGACUAAGAAGGAUUGAUUUCACACGGUGCGUUCACAAGCCGUGACUUUCACAAGACUUUUUGAGAAAAUCAGUAGCGUUCCCAUUGCAGAGCAAUAGUUGAGCAAGAGUUGAGAAAUUCAAUCUCCAUUUCGUCACGCGUCCUGGUCUAAGCGUCUCUCAAGGUUUACCAAACUGCGUGUUAACCUAUCUAGUCAUCAUCACAAACUAAAAUGAUUCUGAGUAGAAAGUGGAAACCUCCUGCUUUUUAUUUUACAGAUUGCUAAUUCGUCGUCACUUUCGAAGACACUUCUCUGAGGCUGCCUUGUAAGUUACUACAAUCUCCUAGAUGUUUGCUGGUGGUAAAUAAAAUACUGUGUCCGCGUCUGGUGUGACAUUCCACUAUGGCAUUUUCUUCUUUCUGCUCAAUGACUCUGUCAAUGCACAAAUGGAAAAGAAUAGUAAAAGACUUCUUGAGAAGUCAAGUAAACGAGCCGAGCAGCAAAUACCUUCCACCAUAGAUAAAUCUGUCUUGAAUGGCAAUAAGGGAACCCAAUUUGAGAGGCUUAGACAGAAAAGUAGGGAGGGAGAAAUUCAGAAAAGACUUAGACAGGAAACUAGAGAGGAAGAGAUGGGGGAAAGGCUUAAUGAUGCUGCAGUUAAGGGUGAUGCUGAAACCCAUCUGUGUGAUGCUGCAGUUAAGGGUGAUGCUGCAACCCUUCAGCGGCUAAUUGGAGAAGAUCAACUUCUUCUUGAUAAAGUUAGUUUGAAUUGCCAGGAUAAGAAUCCGCUGCACAUAGCAGCAAUGCUGGGGCAUGUAGCUUUUGUACAAGCAAUCUUGGGAGUUAAUUCUGAUAUGUGCUUGGUUCCUGAUCGAUUUGGGAGAAACCCUCUACACAUUGCAGCCAUCAAAGGCAGAUUGGCGGUAUUGCAAGAGCUAAUUCAUGCUAGACCCCUGGCAGCGCGAGAAAAAACAGAAGGCGGAGGCAACAUUUUGCACUUGUGCGUCAAGUACAAUCAGCUGGGGGCUUUGCAGUUUCUAGUCCAGACUAUAAGAGAUCAUGAGUUUCUGAAUGCCAAGAACGAUGAUGGCAUGAGCAUUCUGCAUCUGGCCGUUUGUGACAAGCAAAAUGAGACCAUCAAAUACUUGCUACGGAACAAGGUAGUAGACGUGAACACGAAAACUGCAAAUGGGAACACUGCUUUAGACCUUAUUCAUGGAGACAUUAACUCAGAAAUUGCACGAUCUCUUGAAGACGCUGGAGCCAAAAGAGCCAAGGACAUAUCUCCCUCUGCUACUGCGGGAAAUGACUGGCAAGAAAAUAAAUCACACAGCCAGCCUUCACAGGGCGGGGAUUGGCUAGCAAGGACAAGGAAUGCCCUAAUGGUUGUGGCCUCACUUAUUGCGACAAUGGCAUUUCAAGCUGGGGUGAAUCCGGCUGGAGGCGUUUGGCAAGAUGACAAAACAGAUUAUCCAAAUCCACACAACGCGGGAGAAGCUGUGAUGGCACACAGCCAUCCAAAAUACUACAAAAACUUCAUCCGGGUUAAUACAGUAGCCUUUGUUUCAUCUCUGAGCACAAUCAUGUUUCUCAUCAGUGGUUUGCCCUUCAGGAGGAAGUUCUUCAUGUGGUGUUUAAUGGUGAUCAUGUGGUUGACCAUUUCAGCAAUUGCUUUAACUUAUGGCAUCUCGAUCGUGAUUGUAACGCCAAAAGACUAUAGAAAACAAUUGAGCCAUGUCAUCGAGACUGCUGUCACAGUGUGGUGCGGUGUGAUGGCACUCUUGCUGUUGGGGAACACGAUUCGGUUGAUUAACAGGUGGUUCAAAACUCGUGGUAACAAUGUGGAUCCAAGAAUUAAACGUGCAGUUCAAUCGCAAAGCAAUGAUAAGAAUGAGGGUCUUCAAAUGUGUUGAUACUACUUUGUGGUAGAAAUUGACGUAUCAAAUCUAGCCAAGUGAUACUUUUCCAUCGGCCAGUUGAUCGAGUAAUGCUGCUUGGAUUCCAACUCAAAACAAGAAGAGUCUGUGUAUUGAUGGAUUUGGCUGGACUUGGUUUCAAAUCCUCACCCAAAUCCACUCUACUAAGUGUUGGAUUUGAAAUCCUUAAAAAGUUGUUGGAUUAGGGUAUCAUUUCGAAUCCUUUCUUUUACAUCUCUUAGUCUCUCCCUUUGAGUAAUGCAUCUUGUUUCUGUAAGUAGUGAAGAAUGGAUAGCAUGCAAUGACCAUAGUAUUUGAUUUAACUUUGUAUUGUUAGAGUGUGGUUUUAGACCUCACCUGCAUAUGCUGGUUGUGAUAGUAUUGGGUUCUAGAAAUUGUUUAUGUCAUUUAAAAUAGUGAAUUUGAAAUAGUC